AUGAGCGCCUCGUCAGCUCGUACCCUCCUCUCUAGGCGGGUGUGUCGCUGCACAUCCCUGUACCCGCCCAAGUCAAGCCCUCACCUCACCCGACUCCUCUCGAGCAGCACCCAACGCUGUGAGGCUACAAGCUCCCCAUCCUCUUUCCCCUCCCCAAUCCCGACCUACGGCUCCUCCGAGACGCUCCGUCGGAAAUACCAGAACAGGAACCGGGAGACGGACAUCAGGAAGGAUGCAGCCGAGCGAGCCAGGACGGUGAAACGAAUGCGCUGGGCCGGCUAUGGGAUUGCAGCUUGUACCUUGGCUAUCUUUGGUACGAUAUCACUAUACCCGGAUCCCAGAAAAGAGGCGCAGGUUGGAGCAUCAUCAUCAAAGACGGAAGAGAAAUCCCCCUCCAGCGUCGUCCGGCUCGACGCACCGCCUUCCAUCCCUGGCACCAUCGUCGACCCGUCCUCCAAGCCUCAAGACGUCGAACAGAUACCCACUGGCACCAGCACGAUCCCCUUCUUCCCUCGAAUCAUCCACAUUGCAUCCGACGCACCUCCCUCUACACCGGCAUCUGCCAAUGAAGGCAGCCAGUCCGACGUCGAGUACCAGCUCGUCGGGCUGGGGAUCCGCACGGUCUCGAUCCUCAGCAUCCAGGUCUACGUGGUCGGCUUCUACGUUGCAAUCCCCGACAUCGCCGCCCUACAACAGCGGCUCGUCCAAGCCGCCGUCCCGCCGAGCGAGAGCGUGGCGACGACGCUGGUGCCCAGCGAGAAGUCGCAGCUGAAGGAGCUCCUGCUCGACCCGGAGCGCGGCGAGCAGAUCUGGAACGACAUAGUCAAGGACGGGCAGCUGCGCACGGCGUUCCGCAUCGUGCCGACGAGGAACACCGACUUCAUGCACCUCCGCGACGGCUUUGUGCGCGGCAUCACGGCCCGCUCAGCGCACUUUGCGUCCGACCGGCACGACGACUCGUUCCAGGACGAGUCCUUCGGCGCCGCGCUCAACGACUUCAAGUCCGCGUUCGGCGGCUUGGCGCGGCGGAAGCUGCCCAAGGGCGACGUCCUCCUGCUCGUGCGGGACGCGCAGGGCAAGAUGACCGUGUGGAACGAGGACAACAAGCGGGGCGACCGCAUCCAGAUGGGCGUGGUCGCCGACGAGAGGGUCGGCCGGCUGUUGUGGCUGGGUUACCUGGCGGGGAAGAACGUCAGCAGCGAGGACGCGCGGCGCAGCGUCGUCGAGGGCUGUAUGGAAUUUGUGGAGCGGCCGGUCGGCACUGUCGCGACGCAGGUUGUAUGA